GGCGAGGAGACGCCGAGCUGGGGCAGACGCAGGGCGGUGGGCGCCUAUCUCUGGGCUCUCUCUCCGCACCCCGCGCUCGCCGGGUCUGGGUGGCCUCGGACCUUGGCAGCCAGCAUCGCUGGGCGCCCGGCUCAUUCCAGGGUGCGUUAAACGCCAGGUAGGAGAUGCCCAGCUGCGGUCACCAGACUCCUUCCCCUUUCCCGAGAGCCGGCGGGUUGAGCUAGAAGCCAACCCCAGCCGGACGUGCGCUCCUAUAAAUAGCGCGCGUGUGCCCGCCUCGCGCUCUCCUGGCUGCGCGAGGACAGAGAAAGUUGUGCGCAGGGACUCGGGGCGUGCGACAGAGGCAGGAGAGGACCUCGCCGGCCGAGCCGUCCUGCACCCUGGAACUGAUCCUGAGAAUUUUUGCUUUCCACUUUGGGGACCCGGCUAACCGCUGCCCACUUGCCGACGUCUGGGAGACACUAAGCUUUGAGGAAUUUUUGACCAAGCGAAAGUGGGAGUCGCUAGAGCCCUGGCCAUGAACACAGCCUCGCGUUCUUCCCAGUCCGGGAAACACCUUCUGCCUCUGUAAUUCGUCCCUGCAGCAAGCCAGACGCGUACAGGACCGACACGGCACCGCUCGCCAUCCACCACCCGCGUGGCUUCCCUGAGUCCUCUUCGUUUUUUCCUGCUCCGUGGUUCACCUGGGGGUGCUUGGGUUUAGGGUGAGAAUUUAUUAUCAUUUUCCCCUCUGAGGUGUGAAAGUGAGGGUUUGGUGACUUUAAAUGUCUAGGAACAAGAGUGGGUGCAAGGGCCCCAGGCAGGGCUGAUUCUUGAGCGGAGGAGGGUGGGGUUGGGGGUUCUGCAUGAGCUCCUUAAAGGACAAAGGUAACAGAACCAGCGAGAGAGCGCGAGGGGAGACUUUGCCUUCAAACCGUAGAAUUGGUGGAAGUGUGCGCGCCGCCGCCGCCGCUGUUCCUGCAGCGCUUUCGAUCUAGCCACCGGCAUCUUCCCGAGCUCCGGGGUCCCGGGGUAGGAGGCUUCGCGGGCGAGCAGAAGCGCCAGUCGGCUGCGGCUGCCCCCUCGGCUCAUCAUGAGCUCCGGGCGCCGGGCGCUGUCCGUGGUGCCGGCCGUGCUGCUGGCUCUCACCCUGCCUGGGCUGCCCGUCUGGGCGCAGAACGACACGGAGCCCAUCGUGCUGGAGGGCAAGUGCCUGGUGGUGUGCGACUCGAACCCGGCCACGGACUCCAAGGGCUCCUCUUCCUCCCCUCUGGGCAUCUCGGUCCGGGCGGCCAACUCCAAGGUCGCCUUCUCGGCGGUGCGGAGCACCAACCACGAGCCGUCCGAGAUGAGCAACAAGACGCGCAUCAUUUACUUCGAUCAGAUCCUAGUAAAUGUGGGUAAUUUUUUCACGCUGGAGUCUGUCUUUGUAGCACCAAGAAAAGGAAUUUACAGUUUCAGUUUUCACGUAAUUAAAGUCUACCAGAGCCAAACAAUCCAGGUUAACCUGAUGUUAAACGGAAAACCGGUAAUAUCUGCCUUCGCUGGGGAUAAAGACGUUACUCGUGAAGCUGCCACCAAUGGGGUCCUGCUGUACCUCGAUAGAGAGGAUAAGGUUUACCUGAAACUGGAGAAAGGUAACUUGGUCGGAGGCUGGCAGUAUUCCACGUUUUCCGGCUUUCUGGUGUUCCCCCUAUAGAAUUUGAUUUCUCCGUGAUGUUCAUCCAGGUGAGGGGCGGCCCACCCCUGAGUUCCUGGAAGAUCACUUCCUCAUCGUCGGAUUGAUGUCUUUUAUUGGUUUCUCAUGGGUGAAUAUGGAUUCUCUUUAAGAAUUCUAGGCCUUGUCUGAACCAGUACCAAGCUGCGCAGAUGAUUUUUGUGUGUGUGUGCAUUUCAGUAUAUUUGGAUCCGGACUCACAACAGUCGAAAACUAUCUAUGCUUAAGUGUAACAAUUAAAAGCUGUCUGCAAGGUUCACUCGUUCACUCUGAAUUUAAUUCCCUGGAAUUACUGAAUUCAUUGCAGAUGUGCCACUUUAUUUAUUUAGUUUUUAAAGACUGGCAACCAGGUCUAAGAAUUAGAGAACUCCCAAGUUCCGACUUCAGCAACGAUUAGUGUGAUACUGCCAAAGAGUCGUGUGUUGUGUUGAUAUGCUGGUUACACUUGCUUUUUUUUCCCCUUUGGAAUUAGUCUGUUUCGUUCUCUUGAGGUAACCACUGGCUUUUGUGUCUUCUCUACAAAUAGGGUAAUGGCUUGCCCGCAAACUUACUCUCUGAGAUCACCAACAUGACUUCCCUUGAAAAACAACAACAAAAGAAUGCUUCAUAGUUGUAUUUUAAUUAUAUAUGUGAAAGAGUCAUAUUUUCCAAAUUAUAUUUUCUAAUAGGAAGAAUAGAUCAUAAAUCUAACAAGGAGAAAGUUGCUUUCCCGAAUUCUAAGUGCUCAGUCCUCAAACCUCUGCCAAACAGCUCUGCUCCACGGGAAACCUUAUACUUUAUUGCUCACUUUAAUUAACAUGAUUGAUAAUAACCACUUUAUUAAAAACCUAAGGGAUUUUUUUUCCUUAGACAUGACCACUUCAUUAACUGGAGAUGGGAUACCCUUGUUUUUAAUUAUACCUAUUUUUCAAACCUUCUAUUGUGUUUGAAGUAUCAUCUGGUUUUGCCUUAACUCCUUAAAUUGUAUAUAUUUAUCUGUUAAGCUAAUAUUAAAUCCAGAUAUCCCAUAUUGAAACUUAGUGCAAUAUCUUAUUUUGUCUUUUGUACAGGUCAUAUGAAUUCAUAAAAUUAUUUAUGUCUCUGUUAUGGAAUAAAGGUUACUAUAUGUUA